GAAAACGCCCUAUCCUUAGCUCACACUUUCUACAACAAAUCCGACUACACAUCCGCCUACAACAUCCUCUCCCAGUUACAUGCAUUCAACGCCACACAUCUGCCCACACUGCUUUUGCUGGGGUGCACGUGUUAUAGUCUGAAUAUGCACCAGCUGAGUCUUUACUAUAAUGAGUGUAUAUUGGGUAUCGAUCCGGGGUUUGCGGAGGCUUUUAGUAAUUUGGGGACGACGUAUCGGGUAAGUGGGAGAGAUUGUCUGUCCGUCUGGGGUUUCGAGUUGAGCGGGGGGUGGACGCCUGGACGAAGACGGGAUCUGUACUACGCCAAGGCGAGUCUGAUGUACUCCCUCAACAACAUCGACGCGGCCAAAUGGGAGUACAUCAAGGGCCUCCUCGCCAUCGGGUUGGCGUUGUACGACACCUUUGUACAAGCGGCCUCCGGGACGCUGCCGCAGCCGAUGGUGACACCCCACCUGGCCCUGAGCGCCCUCCAUCAGCAGAUGAUGUGUAAAGGGCUCAAAACCAAUGUGGAGUUCAACGCCACCGCGAGUGGGAUGCUGCAGACGCUGGCCAAGAUCUACCAGGACCAGCAACAGGUCCCGCUGGCCGUCUCACUCUACUACGUCGCGCUCGGGAUCCUCCCGAACGCCAACACGUGCAACAACAUCGGGAUCCUGCUCGCCAGCCAGCGGCUGAGCGAAGCGGUCACCUGGUACGAGUUUGGCCUCACGUUGGAGCAGGGCCACGUGCAUCUCUUGACGAACCUCGGCAGCGCCCUGAAGGACCGCGGGAUGGUCCAGGAGGGCAUCAACUGCUACCUCCGCGCGAUCACGAUCCAGCCCGACUUCUUCAUCGCGCUCGCCAACCUCGCCAACGUGUAUAAAGACCUGAGCAGGGUCGAGGAGGCCAUCGAGCUGUAUCGCAGGGCGUUGGAGGUCAAGCCCGAUUUUGUGGAGGCGUUCUGUAAUUAUGUGAACAGUCUGUUGUUUGUGUGUCAGUGGGAGGGGAGGGGG